AUGGCCGGCCGCUUUGUACGAGCGUCGAAAUAUCGACACGUCUUUGGCAAGCCGACUCGCAAGGAGUUCUGCUACGACAACCUUCAUAUUAGCCGAAAUGCCUGGGAUACCAACUUGGUGAAGGCCAACCCCGAGUAUCUCUCAGUCAAUUGGGACUCUGGAGGCGGCGGCGCCUUCGCCGUCAUCCCUCUCAACGAAAAGGGAAAGCUCCCCGACCAGAUCCCGUUGUUUCGAGGCCAUACCGCCACCGUCUUGGACACCGACUGGAACCCGUUCAACGACCGCAUCAUCGCCUCUGGCUCUGAGGACGGAAAGGUCUUUAUUUGGGAGGUUCCUCAGAACUUCACCCUCUACACGGAUGCCGAGGAGCCCGCCGACGUCUCCCCUGUGAGCAAGCUCACCGGCCACUCGAGAAAGGUCGGCCAAGUCCUCUUCAACCCCGCCGCCGAGAACAUCCUCGCGUCCGCGUCCGGCGACUUCACGGUCAAGAUCUGGGACAUUGGCACCGGCGCGAACACCCACACCCUGAAGCACAACGACAUCGUGCAGAGUCUGUCAUGGAACGCCAGCGGAACCUUGAUGGUGACGACCUCGCGCGACAAGAAGAUCCGCGUCUGGGAUGUGCGCGCCGAGAAGCCCAUUCACGAGGCGCCCGGCCACCCCGGCGCCAAGAACAGCAGAGCCGUAUGGAUGGGCGAGCACAACCGCUUCGCCACGGCCGGUUUCUCGAGGAUGAGCGAGCGCCAGAUUGCCCUGUGGGAGCCCGGACGCAACGAACCCAUCGGCGGCUUCACUAUGCUUGACUCGAUUUCGGGUGUUUGCAUGCCUUUCUGGGACGAGGGAUCCAACUGCUUGUACUUGGCUGGAAAGGGUGACGGAAACAUUCGUUACUUUGAGUACGAGAACGACAAGUUUGAGUUCCUCAGCGAAUACAAGUCUGCUGAGCCCCAAAGAGGCAUUGCCUUUGUUCCCAGACGCGGUAUUAACGUCCACGAGAACGAGGUUAUGCGCGCUUACAAGACGGUCAACGACACUUACAUUGAGCCCAUCUCCUUUACCGUCCCCCGUAGAGCCGAAACCUUCCAAUCCGAUAUCUUCCCCCCUGCAACCGGCCUCAAGCCUGCCGUCAGCGCCAAGGAGUGGCUCGAGGGCAAGGACGGCAUUCCCAACAAGAUCGACCUGGAGAGCGUGUACGAAGGCACCGCCCCGAAGGAGGUCGCAGUCGACUACAAGCCACCUGCGAUUGCUUCCGCUCCCAAGCCCGCGCCCGCACCCGCACCAGCACCGGAGCCCGCACCGGUGUCGCGCUCGCCGCCUCCGUCGAUGAGGGACCAGCAGGCUUCCAUGGCCAACAUGGCGUCAAAGUUCAAGGAUGACGAGGCGGCCGAACCGGAAGACGAAGACGACAACUCUAGCUUCGAGGAAGUGCAAAGACCAGCCCAGCGCGCGCCCGCACCUGUUGCUGCCCCUGCGCGCGUCGAGCCGACCAAGAUCCCCUCGCCCAUCAAGGCCGCCUCGCCCGCUAUCAAGUCCCCCGCCAGCACAUCGCAGCCCUCGCCCAUCAAGCAGUCCGCACCCUCCCCCGGCUCCUCGAGCCAUAUCGAGUCUUCAUUGGACCAGAUCAGACAGAUGCUGGAACAGCAGACCAAGCUCAUCGGCAAGCAGAACGACAAGAUCAGCCAGUUGUCUGCCGAGGUGGAGGGUCUGAAGCGCAAGGUGAACGCGGGAGGAUCUCAGGACCAGAGCGAGAGGAUCAGGCAGUUGGAGCUGGAACUCGAAGCCGCGCGGUCUUGA